AUGGCUGCCUCCGACGAACUGAUUAACUUCGAUGUUAUUGAGAGCCAGAAGGAGAACAUCCAGUCUCUUCCUGGCGGCCGGUCAGCCCGAAAGCUGGCCGAGCUCUACUCCCCGCAGUCUGUGGGCGUCCAGGGCGACAAACUGGCCCCGAUCUUGACGCCGACACCAAACCCGGGCGACACGAAGACACUGCACGACACGAUCCGUGCCGAUUUUGAGGCUGAGCUGGCCGUUGCCGCCGAGUCUGACGACCCCCUUGACGCGUACGACCGCUACGUUCGCUGGACUCUGGACGCCUACCCGUCUGCCCAAGCAACACCGCAAUCCCAGCUGCACCUCCUGCUCGAGCGUGCCACCAAGGCCUUUGUUGGCGCCGCCCAGUACCGAAAUGACCCGCGGUACCUGCGUCUCUGGCUGCACUACAUCCACUUCUUCUCCGACGCCCCCCACGAGACCUACGUCUACCUGUCGCGGCACAACAUUGGCGAGAACCUCGCCCUAUUUUACGAAGAGUAUGCCGCCUGGCUCGAGGGAGCCACACGCUGGGCACAGGCCGACGAGGUUUACCGGUUGGGAAUCGAGCGCAAUGCACGGCCGCAGGCGCGCUUGAUGCGCAAAUACCAAGAGUUUGAGCAGCGCCGCGCGACCCAGGCACCGGAGUCCCUCAACCCCGACGCACCACCAUCUCCCGCCCUGCCGACAGUGCGUCCGGUUCUGGCUGCCAAGGUCGACCCGUUCGCAAGCGCCGUCGCCGCGUUGAACGAUCCGCAAGCAGCACAACGUCUGCAGGAGCAGCAGAGGCAACAGCAAGCGAGCAGCCAGGCCGCACGCGGCUCCAAGCCAAAGAUGGCCAUUUUCUCCGACGCCAAUGCGUCCGCAGCAGCCCCGGCCCUCGGGGUAUCUGGUGCUUCGACCAAGGGUUGGGAGAGCAUUGGGUCGCUGGCCGAGCGCAAGAAGGAGAACGUGGUGGCGGCAAAGCCGUGGGCCGGCGAGACGCUGAGUGCAGGCGGCAAGAAGCCAAAAUCAAAGAUGGCGGUGUUUAAGGACGCGGUAACAGUAAACCCGGCGAGCGGGAAGAAAGAGCGCGUCUUUGUCGACUUGCGCGCCGUCUAUCCCACGCCAGAAGAGCCCGGGACGGAGCUCAGCUUUGAGGAGAUUUGGGCGGCCAAUCGCGGCUUGCAGCAUCGAUCGUGGGAUGAAGUUGCCCCUGCAAAGGAAGACCAGGAUCUUCUUUUCUCGCCAGUGGGUCCUCGCCAGAUGGAUGUGUUGGCGGACACAGUUGCGACGAAGCUUGUUGUUCAUCGAGAUGUCGUCCGGCUUGACGAGAACGGUGCGAUGAUCAAGAACCACGACCAGAACAACCGGCCAAGGAAAAAGAAGGUGGUGGAGGCAAACGUGACACAGAUCAGUGAUGGAGAGGACGACGACGAGGGUGAUAACGAGAAGGCGGACAGCGCGGAUGUGGAUGCAAGUGCUGUCGACGGCGACGAGGCAGGAAAUGUGAGCAGUUGGUCUGACUUUGCAGUACGCAAGGACAUCUCCGGCCUUCAAGAUACAAUCACCGCAGACCAGACUCCGUCGACCACGACAGCCGGCGACACCGAUGACGUCGGCAACAGCAGUGACAGGGACGAGCCCGACGAGGAAUUUAGCCCUCUUCCUAUCCGCGGCUUCUCACACCCUGUCGGUGGCGACGCGAACGAUGAAAAUGCUGUUCCAUCUUUGCCCUCUUCGCCGGUGCGCCCAGCUGCUCAAGAUAAGGUAGUUGUGCCGGAGCCGCCACGAACUAGGACUGUAUUUAUCCCUAUCCCGCCGGAAGACUAUGUUGCACCCACACGGCCCUAUAGGGAUCCAGCCGAGGUGGCCAACAAUCGUUUGCCGUUCAUGACGCCCAUUACGGAACGCACGGAGUCGUCGCUCGAAUUCGAUUCGGAGGACAAUAAGCGGGCUUUGCAUGCGAAGACGCCGAGCAAGGCUAUGGGCAGACGGUCUCUUCACCUAUCAAGCCCGAACGAAGAAGACGACGAUGAAGAUGUCGAGGUUGAUGAGGAGGGUGAAGAGGAGAAGACCAGCAGCGGGAUCAUUCCGCCUGAGCCCUUGAGCAGUCCACUUAUCGACAUUGUCGACGACGACGACGACCUGCCCCAGCCUCCGCCCUUAAAACUCGCUCAGCCGGUCUUCCAAAAGGUCGCCGUCAUCCCAGUGGUGGAUAGUGCAGCAGCUUCCCGCACCGUUCCUGCCAAGGGACCCAUCAUCAAAGAGACCCAGUGCAACCCCGUCGACGAGGGCAUCCGUGCAGAGAUUCUGGCCAACAUUCAACCGCCACUCGGCUCAUAUAGUGGAUUCUACGACCAUCGUGAUGAGAAGUGCGACAAGGGUGCUGAGAUCCGGCGAUACGCCAAGGCCGUUUCGGGCAAAUACAAGUCGGGUGGUAGUGGUGUAAACGGUGGUAGCGGCAGCGGGUCGGAUCGGUCUAGCGGUGCCGGUGUCCCGGUCGUGAUUCAAUUUGCCGACUGCCCGUCGAAGUACACAGUUCGCCGCGAGAUCGGCGCUGGUGCGUUUGCGCCUGUGUACUUGGUGGAGAACAUGGACCCCGACGGCGAGAAGAAUGCCAACGGUGGUGAGCAGCAGGCCGUAGCACAAAUGGGACGCGGCGCCUUUGCUAGCGCCCACUCCCGUCGAUACGCGCAUGAGGCACUCAAAAUGGAGACGCCGCCGACAACGUGGGAAUUCCACAUGAUGCGGCUUGCCCACACACGGCUCGGGCCGCAGCACCGUGCGACAGCGUCUUUAGCGCCCGCUCUUGAAUGCCAUUUAUACCGAGACGAGACAUUUUUGUUUCUCCCAUUCUACCCGCACGGCACACUGCUGGACGUUGUCAACCUGUUCCGCGGCGAGUCUUCUGGUGUGAUGGACGAGACUCUGGCAAUGUUCUUUGCCAUUGAGCUCUUCCGUACAGUUGAGUCACUUCAUAGCAAGAACAUUCUGCACGGCGACAUCAAAGCCGACAACUGCCUGCUGCGGCUGGAGGAUCCCCUCUGUACGCCGUCCCUUGGCAGUAGCACCAGCUCCAGUUCCAGCAACAGCCGUAUCGCGGACAGCAGCGAGCAGUUGUCGAGCCAGUGGCAAGCUGACGGCACGGGCGGCUGGGCUGCACGCGGCAUGACGCUGAUCGACUUUGGCCGGGCCAUUGAUAUGCGCGCGUUCCCGGCGGACGUCAAAUUUGUAGCCGACUGGAAGACGACGGCCCAGGAUUGCGCCGAGAUGCGAGAGGGUCGCCCCUGGACAUGGCAGAUUGACUACCAUGGCCUGGCGGGUACAUUGCACUGCCUUCUGUUCGGCAAGUACAUGGAGACGGUGCGGUGCGACCAAGGCAUGAGCGCUGCGUUCCCAGGUGACGCCGCGCUGGGUGCAGGCGGACCGGGGGCCGCAUUGCUAGAGCGUGGCCCCGUCAAGCGUUACCGCAUCCGCGAGACGCUUAAGCGCUACUGGCAGACCGACAUCUGGACGGAGGCCUUUGAGUUGUUGCUCAACCCGGCAGGCUUUGCUGCGACCGAAGAGGGCGGCAAGAUGCCGGUGCUCCGGUCGAUGCGCCAUGUCCGCGAGCGCAUGGAGACGUGGUUGGCGGCCAACUGCGAGCGUGGUGUUGGGCUGAAGAGCCUGAUAAUCAAGGUCGAGCACUGGGCACGGACACGGAAGUAG